AGCCGCUUCGGGCCCAAGUGCUCUGGAUAUCGGAUCGCCAUCUCAAGUCUCACGACCUACUGUUGCCUGGGAUCGGCGGCGCCGAUGCUGACCAUGCCGGGCCCCGGAGCGCUGGCGGAUGAGCGCCGCGGUGGGGGCGGCUUCGGCGCGCUCGCGGCGGGCAGCGGCGCCUCGCCGCCGGAGGGCGACUGCGUGGUGCCCGGGGUGGGCGCGGCGAGCGGCGGCCGCGGAGGCCGCCCGCGGCGGAGGCCCUCGCAGAGCACCGGCACCGACCGCUUCACGGGCGACCUGCUCCAGUCGUUGCUGCCCACCACGGAGGGCCUCACGCGGUUCCAGUCCAUGUCGUCGCUGCAGCCGAGCGGCGACCUGCCGGACUACGCCGGCGUCCGGUCCACGCACCUGCGCUAUCAAGACCUCCCGGUGCUGGGUGACGACGAGUUCCGCGUCGUGGAUCGAGACGCCCCUUUCGGUCAGUCGAGGGGGCGCUACGCCAUCAACACCGCGUACAGAGUCGGUAAGGGGCUGGACAGUUCUGGCGACGUGCACAGGUUGUACAGCGAAGACUUUUACCAUACCUUCUUGGACGCCAAGCUCCGUAUCCAGCUGCUCAUCUUCGCAUUUGCUUAUGUUGGUUGCUUCGUGUUAUUCGCUCUUGUGCACCUGGCGAUCGACGAUCGGUGUGGGCUUGAGCUGGAUGGAAACUUCUGGAAGGCGUAUCUACUGUCACUGGAGACAAUGGUGACCAUCGGCUAUGGCGUCCCCGACCCUUACAUGGAGGGAUGCUGGGAGGGAGCCGCCACCCUGACAAUUCAGAGCCUGCUGCAGCUCCUCAUCACAUCCUUCCUCAUCGGCGUCAUUUUCCAGCGCAUCGCCCGACCCCAGGCCCGCGCCGCCACAAUCCUCUUCAGCGACCACGCGGUGAUCAACCGGUACGACGGCGCGCACUACCUCGUCUUCCGCGUGUGCGAGCUCCGCGUGCAGCACGCGUUGAUCGAGCCUCACGUCCGUUGCUACUGCGCCUGUAGGACGGGCUCACGGCUGGACCGCCCUGGCCCGGCCGACGCGGCGGGACUGCCGCCCCGUGGGGACCUCGGCGGGCGCCAGUUGCGCACCGGCACCGAUCCUGACCAGGCCAGGCCCAGGCUGGGCCUGGCCAGCAUCGGAGCAGGCGUAGAGCUGGCGCCCUCCCAGGACUGGGAGUUCGUGCCGAUGCGGCUGGACCACCCCGACGACGAGUUGGGUGGGCCUCUCCUCCUGACGCUGCCCACCCGGGUCAUGCACCCAUCGACCGGUGGAGCCCCCUCGCGCCGCCCCAGGCCAGCGGGAACGCAGGGCUGCCGUGCCCGCGAGGCCGCCGCGCGGCUCCGCGGGGCCGGGCGGCUGCCCGUCCCGC